AGAAGCUGCGAGUGACGCCUCUGAGCCGUGGAGCAUUGUGGGAGGAGGUUGUCUCCAAUUUCUCCUCCCUCUCCCCCCCUCCCGGCCAAGAUGUCUGACAUGGAGGAUGAUUUCAUGUGCGAUGAUGAGGAGGACUACGACCUGGAAUACUCUGAAGAUAGUAACUCCGAGCCAAAUGUGGAUUUGGAAAAUCAGUACUAUAAUUCCAAAGCAUUAAAAGAAGAUGACCCAAAAGCAGCAUUAAGCAGUUUUCAAAAGGUUUUGGAACUUGAAGGUGAAAAAGGAGAAUGGGGAUUUAAAGCACUGAAGCAAAUGAUUAAGAUUAACUUCAAGUUGACAAACUUUCCAGAAAUGAUGAACAGAUAUAAACAACUAUUGACCUAUAUUCGGAGUGCAGUCACAAGAAAUUAUUCUGAAAAAUCCAUUAAUUCUAUUCUUGAUUAUAUCUCUACUUCUAAACAGAAUUCUGAUUUUUUAUGUCAGAUGGAUUUACUGCAGGAAUUCUAUGAAACAACACUGGAAGCUUUGAAAGAUGCUAAGAAUGAUAGACUGUGGUUUAAGACAAACACAAAGCUUGGGAAAUUAUAUUUAGAACGAGAAGAAUAUGGAAAGCUUCAAAAAAUUUUACGCCAGUUACAUCAGUCCUGCCAGACUGAUGAUGGAGAAGAUGACCUGAAAAAAGGUACACAGUUAUUAGAAAUAUACGCUUUGGAAAUUCAAAUGUACACGGCACAGAAGAAUAACAAAAAACUGAAAGCACUCUAUGAACAGUCACUUCACAUCAAGUCUGCCAUCCCUCAUCCACUGAUCAUGGGAGUCAUCAGAGAAUGUGGUGGUAAAAUGCACUUGAGAGAAGGUGAAUUUGAAAAGGCACACACUGAUUUUUUUGAAGCCUUUAAGAAUUAUGAUGAAUCGGGAAGUCCAAGACGAACCACUUGCUUAAAAUAUUUGGUGUUAGCAAAUAUGCUAAUGAAGUCAGGAAUAAAUCCAUUUGACUCACAGGAGGCCAAACCGUACAAAAAUGAUCCAGAAAUUCUAGCAAUGACAAAUUUAGUAAGUGCCUAUCAGAAUAAUGACAUCACUGAAUUUGAGAAGAUUCUGAAAACAAAUCACAGCAACAUUAUGGAUGAUCCUUUCAUUAGGGAACACAUUGAAGAGCUUUUGCGAAACAUCAGAACACAAGUGCUCAUAAAAUUAAUUAAGCCUUACACAAGAAUACAUAUUCCUUUUAUUUCUAAGGAGUUAAACAUAGAUGUAGCUGAUGUGGAGAGCUUGCUGGUGCAGUGCAUACUGGAUAACACUAUUCAUGGCCGAAUUGAUCAAGUCAACCAACUCCUUGAAUUGGAUCAUCAGAAGAGGGGCGGUGCCCGGUAUACUGCACUAGAUAAAUGGACCAACCAGCUAAAUUCUCUCAACCAGGCUGUAGUCAGUAAACUGGCUUAACAGAGAACAAGCUUUUAACAGACGUACUUAAUGCAACAGUGCAGAGAUGUAAUCCUUAAAAGAACUGGGAAUGGCAAAACUACUGUCGGUUGAUGUGUCCUGAAAAUUAUUGGAGUUAUGGCAGAAGUGCUUUUUUUGAUCAACUGGUUUGUGUUUUGCUGCUGCAUUUAUCCCAAGAAAAACAGCUUUAAUCUCCAGAAGAAAACCAAAAUGCCAUGGGAUUUAUGCUGUAUUGACAUCUUGCCCUAAACAUACAACAUCAUAGUAAUUUGUCAUGGGCAACAUGACCAGAGAGAAGAUUUUUGUCAUGAUUUUAAAUACACUGACAUGUUACUGUUGGUUAAAUUUAAACAUGUUUUACCUGCAGAAAUUCUCUCACAAAUAACCUGCAAUAACUUGAAAUGCAUACCCUUUUGAACACUUCCUUUUCUCAUGUAUAAAUUAAAAUGUUUGCUGCAUUUUGCAAAAUGUCAAUUCUCCAAAAAUGUGUCCGUAUAUUUCUGUACCUGCAGUGUAGUAAAGGUUUAGAUGAAACCCCAUAAUUAUGGUGGCAUACUGUCACUUAGGUUUCAAGCAGCAAAAUAAACAGUGCAGCUCAGAAAUUGUAGUUUGGUUCUUGACGUGUUUUUAUUACAUUUGGGGUUUUUGUUUUGCUUUUUAGUACCUUAGAAAUUUCAAAUUAUUUAAUCUUCAGUUAAUGAUUUUUAAAAGCCUGGGAGCAAGUAAGUCGGUUAUUUGCUUUCAAGCUUUUUAAAGUAGUCUUUAUUGAUAAAGUAAGAACUAGUUUCUAACAAAACACUUGCAUAGUACUUACUUUGACAGUGAUGCUUUAAAGAAAUAAAAUUCUUUUUUUUUUCUAAGAAUGAUAUUCCUUUUUAAAAAUUCUAACUCUCAGAAUGUUCACUUUAAACAAAUAUGCCAGAACAUAGACAGCUAAAUGAAUGUUACCCUGUAUAGUGAUCAUGCUGGAAAAUUAUUUCCUAAUUCCAGCAGCCUACCAUUGCCCAAAACCUCAUGGGUUUUGCUCUUUUAGAAUUGUAUUCAGAGCUAAUUUAAGUCAUACACACUGUUAACUUUGUGAUGCACAGUGUUUAAGAAAACAAAAAGUAUUAAGCUUGAUUUUUUUUUUUUUUUUUUUUUUUUUUUUUUUUUUUUAUAGUUACCAUCAUUUGGCACCAAAUGACUUUGGACAGUUUCCAAAAAUUAAUCUGUCUUUGAGGAAAUAGUAGAAAGUAUGUAACUGGCUUUGAAGGCGAUCCCAAAAGAGUUUUAAAGGUAUUUUGAGCAGUGGUAGCAUAGUUAGGAUAAUGAACUGUGGCCUUCCAAGGUGACCACCUUAAAGGAGACGCAGCUCAUUUGAAUGUAUUGAGUUUUGGAUGUAUUUGUUUCAUUUAAAAAAAAAAAAAUCACAUUAUUUUAUAGUGUCAAAAGGAAGAACUAAGAUUAAGAUAAUUUCUUUGGUUUUUCUAUUGCUUGUUAUUAUGUAAAAAGAAGUGAGUGGCAGUUCAGAAGGAAGACUGUUGUAACUGAGGAAUGACAACCAAGAAUUUUUGAUCAUUAAAUCAGAUUUUAUAAACAGUGGAAAGAGCAUGGACUUAAAACAAGGCAUGCUUAUUCGGUUUUGUCAAAAUUUUACAAAAAUAUGUGAUAUAUAUUUAUACUAAAACUAUAUAAUCCUUAGAUAUAGGAAAGCAAUCAGUUAAUGUCUUUAGCAGAUAAAAGCAGUAUUAAAUACAGGUGCAACUUGGAAAUUGUAGAAAAUUGAAAGAAAACAAAAGACAAAUGUCUCUGGUAGGGAAUAAAAAAGUUUAAGAUAUUAUAAAA